AUGGCGUCCGUGACGUCCCUCGACAAAGACCUGCGCAAGAUGCGCCUGGAAAAGUACACCCCUGCCGCAGCAAACGAAGCCCGUACAUGGAUCGAAGAUAUCCUCGGCGAGAACUUGCCCUCUUCAGACCUUCUCGAAGGCCUCAAAGAUGGUGUCGCUCUGUGCAGACUAGCCAACCUCGCUCUCCCACCUCCUGGCCUCAGGUUCAAGCGAUCGGCAAUGCCCUUUGUGCAGAUGGAAAACAUCUCCCUCUUCCUCCGCGCCUGCCAGUCCCCGCCCCUGAACCUCCACCAACACGAUACCUUCCUCACCGUCGACCUGUACGAGCAAAAGGACCCUGCCCAGGUUCUCCAAUGUAUCGGGGCAUUCAGCAGAGCCGCCCACGCUGCGAGCCCCCAGAACUUCCCCACAGCCAUCGGGCCCAAGUCGCGACCUGAUGCUGUGACACCCCAGGGGACAGGCUCGAGGACCCCCACCGGAACCCGCGAUCGGGGCGCAUCCUUCACCAGCAACCCAUCACCGGCGUUCGGCCGCUCUGCCGCCAUGCCACAUCGGACCGGCGACUCGGGCUCCGGCCGGUGGAGCCCUACCAAGAGCCCUACCAAGAGCCCCGGAUCUCCCGGCCCCAUUAGCAGCUGGAGCAAGAAGGAGCAUGAGGGCACUACCGCGCCGGCUUGGAACAUUGCCCAGUACGGCUAUCUAGGGGGUGCCAGUCAGGGCAACCUUGGCAUCUCGUUUGGCGGACGGAGGCAGAUCACUAGUGCUGGUCCCCGUGUGCCAAGCCUCGCCGAUAAAGAGCGCCGUAGAAAGGAAGAAGAAGAGCGUCUUCGCCUGGAGGCCGAGGAGGAGGAGCGACGACAGGCUGAAGAAGAGGAGCGUGCGCGGAUCCAGGAAGAACUCCGAUGGGAACAGGAGGAGGAGAAUAUGCGCGAGAGGGAGCGCCAAGCAGUCGAUGAAGAGAAGCGACGCUGGGAGGAGGAGGAGCGCCAGUGGAAGCUGACAGAGGAGAAGAGGCGUCAAGAGGAAGAGGACGCUGAAGCCCGACUCAAUGAGGAGCGCAAGGCCGCAAGGAGCCGAAGCGACGCCAAACUCAAGGGUCAGUUCCUCAGCCAGUACCGAGCGGAGGAGGCGGCGUCGCAGCAGGACGGCGCCUCAGAAGACGACUACCGAAGCCGCGUCAAGCAGCUGGAGAAGGAGUUGGAGCUUGCCAGGCAACGCGAGGCCGAGUACGAGCGAGAACGCCAGGAGAGAGCGGAGCGCCUAGGAGGCGGACCCAAGCCCAAGGCGAAGAAGCCCCUCCUCUCCAGCCCGCCGACACGGUCGGAUUCGUGGUCUAGAGAUGAGCGCGAGGUUCUGCGCACCCGAUCUCCGCAUAAGAGGGAACCUGUGCAAGAAGUCAGCGUUCCCAUCCUGCCGCCGAGGUCUCCUCGUCCGCUCCCGGACCCGACUUCGGCACCCAAGGUCAAGCCACAAAAUACCGGCGGCCGUCCCCUUCCGGACCCCACGGCGUACGCUGCCAAGCCCUCUCCCCCCGCCCCGACCCGUACCGACCGUUUCCUCGCGAGUAAUCCUGCUCCGGCACCUGCCGCUCCUCAGACGACCUACUCGCGCGAACUCGGUGCCACAGCUGAGCACGACGCCGAGGACCAGCGCCGCGUGCAGAGCCAGGCCAAGACCAAGGCUGGCGGAUGGGCGUCCAAGUCCCUCCUGGAACGUGAGAUGGAGAUGGAGCGCCAACGACAGCGCGAGUGGGAGGAGGCUCAGAAGGAAACGGCAGCAGCAGUGCGCUCCGGGGAGGGUGUAGAUGGUAUUGGCGGAGGCAUCGGCGGCAGAUGGGAUGUUGGACAAUGGGCCGGCUACACUGGCGGCGAUAGCCAAAACAACGGAUCACUAGGUAUCGGAGCUGGACGGAGGCAGAUCGUAGGACCGCGACCGCUGCCCGAGCAGCCAAGGUAA